AUGGUUUCUGGCAAUCGUCUGGUCUGCUGUGUUGGUGAAUUUGGUGAAGGCGUGGUAACUGGUAGUGAGUGGGUUGAGAUGUCCGCUGACGUCAAUGAGGGAGUGGGGACCACAACGGUACAGGCACCAGGUCUCGGCUUGAGCUCGCCAGACGAUCUCGAGGAGCUCAGGAGUCGAGACGCUCAGCGUAUCACCUCCAUGGAUCUGUCUCACAACCUCAUUACGUCCUUGCGGGGCUUCGCCAAGUUCACAGGGUUGGUCGAACUUAGACUCUCUGGCAAUCGUGUGAAGAGCCUCGACGGCUGUUUGGAUGGUUUGGCUCACCUUAAGCAUCUAGACCUGAGCUACAACCGUCUUACCUCUCUUGAGGACGCGGGCUCGAGUUUUGGUAACCUCAUGGCCCUUGAGAGACUCGAGCUGCAGGGUAACAGCAUAAGUCAACUGCUGGGUCUUCAGCAGUGCUGGCGUCCUCCUCCUCCUCAGUCUUCACCACUCGACGCUUCUGAGAGUAUGCUCCCUGGUGUCACCUAUCUAGACCUUCGAGAUAACCGCAUCGAGGAUUCAACACAGCUACUGUAUAUAUCAGGGAUGACUAUAAAACAAUUGCUCAUGCGUGGGUCUCGAGAGCACCGCAAUACGAUAUGCGAAGACGCGAACUACCGUCUGAUGGUGCUGCAGACUUUACCGGAUAUCGAGGUCUUGGAUGGGAGAAUCGUCACGGAAGAUGAACGGAGGGAGGCUAGGAGCAAAGCUCUUGUUAUGCUGCGGUGCACGAGGAAGGAGGAGACGGUGAAGUUACCCGCAGAUCGAACAGGUGGUACUCUGGCUCAACACAGCACGAGGCGGUCUGCUUCUCACUUGAGAAAUCCGUGGGUGGAUACAUCACGAUCGACUGGAUCAAGGGAGAAGGCAGCGUCAGAGCCGCUUGGGGGAGGAAGGAGCAGCUUGAGCCGGAGUCAGCAGGUCGAGGCUGUCGAGAGCCUAUCUACCCAAAACGACUCUGCGGAAGCGAAUCGGCGAAUACAGGGAGAUGAGCAUAGGGAGUGCGAGAGGCAGGUGAGGCAGCUGAGGGCGAUGGUCGCGACUAUGCAGGAACACUAUGAAGCUAUGCUGAGGGAGGCCUCGGCCAGACUGGACGGUACUCGGGACCAGCUGGAGGCGAUUGAGGAGGAGCGCCGUCGUCUAGAAGCUUCAGUGAAGCAUAGUGAGAAGGCUAAAUUGAAGCACGAGGCGGCUCUGGCAAAGGACCUCAAGCUGCUCGAGGCCGACAUGGAGAAGAGGAACAGACGAUUGAAGACUCUCGAGGAGAAUCUCACUAAAAGCGAGCAGGAGGGGCAGGAGGCGCAUAAGCUGGUGGAAGAGCUCCAGCGAGAGAAGGAGGAGUUGUUGAGGGCGAAGGAAGAUCUGAUCACAAAGUGCUCCAACAUGGAGGAGAAAGUCAAAGACUUGGAGGAAUCCAUGCGGAAAAUGGGAGAGCUGGAGUUGGAAGUGAGCAGUUUGAAGGCCCGCAAGGCAGAGGAGCCCGUAGCGGCUCCUGUUAAGCCGUCACGAGAGGAUGUAUCGGCUGAGGUGGAGGCGGCUAAACGCGAGGCUAUUGGGGUUGUGGAGGAGAAGGCAUCUCGAUUGGAGGGAGAGGUCGCUGAUUUGAAGAGGGAGCUUCAGGAGCGUAGAGAGCAAAUAAGAUGUCAGCGGCAGGCCUAUGCGGCGUUGGAGGAGCAGUUUCGACUCAAGGCUGAAAGGGACGAGAGCAGGGUGACAGAGCUGACUGCUCAGUUGGAGAGCGAAAGGCAGAUGAAGGAAGCCAUAGAGGCUAAGCUGCGGAAGGUUGAAGAGGAGCUGGACAGAGAGAAGGUCUCAAGCCGAGAAUUACGGACAACAGUUGAGGACAGGGACAGGGUGGUGGCGGUGGAGGCAGCAGGGAGGGAGCGAGAGAUCGAGGAGCUGAGAAGGGAGCUUAACAAGGCGAAGGAAGAGGCCCAUAAGCAUAGGAAGGCUCUGAGGAUGGUAGAAUUGGAGGUCACUAAAGACAUAGAGCGGAUGGUGACGGAGCACGGUAAGCAGCGGAGUAAGCAACAAAAAGAGCAUGAGGCGGAGGUGAAGGCGCUGAGGGAUGUCCAUGAGAAGGAAGUGAAUCGGCUGAAUGAAGAAAUAGCCGGCAAGGAGAAGGAGGUCGUGGGCCUAGCUGCAAGUGUGGAACAUGAAAUGACCAAGGCUAGGGAAUUCAAGGUGGUUUUUUGGGCUUUACGAGAUGUUGUCUCGACUAUGGACGAUCAGGAGGCGACUUCGGCUCUGAGGAAAGAUCUCCUUGUGGCAUGCAAGCAGUUGGAAAAGGAGGCCCAACAAGAGGCAAUACUGCAGAGGAAGGUCCAGGGGCUCCAAGCUGAGCUCGAGAGGCUCAAGGUGGAGACCGAGAGUGAGAGAGGGGAGAGGAGUAGACGAAUGGAGGAGUAUGAAGCGAUAGUAUCGGAGCUAAGGAAGAAAGCGGCAGAUGCUGAGAGGGCGAGAGAGGCUGCGGAGGCUAUCCGAUGUGCUCAUGAUGAGAAUAUGAAAGGUGCCCGUCGACGCGAAGAAGAACUGGAGAGCAAGGUAAAGGGUCUGGAGGAGCUGGUACGGAAGCACGCAAUCGAAGCAACAGUGAAGGAGAGGAUGGUAGCAGACAGCGCAGAGCACGUGAAGGCUCUGAAGAAGCAAAUACAGGGCCUAGAGGCGGACCUGGAGCAGUGCCAGAAGGAGAGGAAGAAGCGAGACAGGGAUUGGCAGUCCUUGCUCGAUGAAGAGGUUAGUAAGGCUGAUCGAGCCAGGGAUAAACUCGCACCUACAGAAGAGAAGUUGGCUGCAGCAGAGGGGGAGGUUGAAAGGCUCCGCGAGGAAGUAUCACAGAAAGAUGAAUCGUUACGGUAUGUCACUUCUGAGGUGGAAGAGAUGCGGAGAGCAAUGCAGGAGGACACUGAUAUCAAAGUGGCAGAGGUGGAAAGAAGACUCAACCGUGAGCAUGAGAAGAGUCUGUUAGAGCUCGACAGGAGAAUAGAAGAGGCACAGCAGCGGAACGAUCGAGAAGUGGCCAGGCUGUCCCGUGAUCGGGAGGCUAUGAAGCGUAGAGCGCAUGUGGCGGAGGAGCGUGUGAAACACGUGGAAAAGGAGCUGAGGACUGUUCUCAACGAAUAUGAGCAUUUGAAAGUCCAAUGCGAAGCGAAAAUGCGACGGGCGGCAGAUCUACUCCUUGAGAGCGGCCUGACAUGACUUGAGUCUUUCUUGACGAUAUUCACACCACUGUCCAGUACAGUAUAACCAGU